CGCUAAAGUCACAUGACUUAAACCGUAUUUCAUCUUUACGUGCUCUAACCAAUAAGAGUUUUUGCGCAACGGACGCAGGACGCUACGGUGACAUAAGAUGGAGGACUUAUUACAGCUUGCCAUGUACGAUUUUAAUUUCGUGGAAGAUGUUAUUAUACAAGAGUUGUUGGCACCACGUAAUAAUGCCUUUAUUAGAAAUAUGCAAUAUGAAGGAUUAGAUUUAAAUAAUUUGAUGCCACAGGAAUGUAAAGCAAAAUUUCGAUUUGAAAGAGAACACAUUGGAAGACUUGCAGCUGCUCUUGGUAUACCUUACCAAAUAGAAACAGAAAAUCGAUAUGUCGUUUCAGGUAUAGAAGGUUUAUGUAUAUACUUGAGACGUUUAGCAUAUCCUAAUAGACUGUCAGAUUUAGAAAUUAAAUUUGGCCUGUCUGUUCCUUAUCUCUCAGUAAUUUCCAAUACUGUAAUGAGACUAAUUCAACGACAGAAAGGACAUUUAUUGACAGAUCUAAAUAAUCUACCAUGGCUUAAUAGAAACAAGCUCGAAUAUUAUUCACAGGCUGUUUCUAUGAAAAGAGCACCUGUGCGAAAUUGCUGGGGAUUCAUUGACGGUACAGCACGAGCAAUAUGUCGACCAUCUGUGAAUCAACAAGAGUAUUAUUCUGGUCAUAAACGGCAACAUUGUCUCAAAUAUCAAUCUGUACUAUGUCCAGAUGGUAUAGUAGUUAGUCUUCAUGGACCCUAUUCUGGUAGACGACAUGACGCAGGUAUAUUUAGAGACUCGCUUUUGUAUCCUCAAUUACAAAGGUGUGCAUCAUUUCCAGAUACUAAUUUUGUAUUUUACGGAGAUUCUGCUUAUCCUAUGCACGAACUAUUAUUUAGACCAUAUACGAGUAGAGUAUUGACUCAUGAACAAGAGAUCUUUAAUUUAAGAAUGAGCUCUGUAAGGCAAGCGGUCGAAUGGGGUUUUAGUAAAAUAAUAAUGCUAUUUGCAUUCCUUGAUUUCAAGAAAAACCAGAAACUCUUGCUUCAAGAUGUAGUUUCAAUGUACAAAACAGCAACAAUUUUGGCAAAUUGUCACACAUGUUUAUACAGUAACCAAACUGCUCAAUAUUUUAAUAUUAAUCCGCAUACAUUAGAAGAAUACUUACUUUAAUGUUCAUUUAUAAAUGUAAAAUGUAAUAGAAUAUAUAAAUUACAGAAAGAAUGCAGACAGAUAAACAAUGU